UGCCAGCGCAGAGGAAGGCAGUUCCCAGUGCGCUCUCUGCGGUUCUUUCGGAGCUGGAUCUGCCUCUCACUGGAGCUACCACACUCAGCUUUAGCGUCGCUCUGUUUCGGCUUCAGGCGACCGCGCAUCUGCGGCAAUGUUAAUCCAGAGCUGAGAGGGACUUUACGGGCUCUACAUGACAGUGUACACCAGUCAUGGAGUGGAACAGAUUAAUGACCUUGUGGAUACUCUGCUUGUGUCUGGUCUGCGAGAGCUGGAGUGACAAAACCCCGCCCCCUGUCCCCACAACGGACAGUCCAGUGGCCGAAAGUGUGUCAGAGGAUGGAGCCAAUGACAUUUACAAACGCAGAAGGGUCUGGAGAGUAGAGUCAACUGGCCCAAAAUUUACUUUUUAUGAUUUCUGUCGUAUCGAUGAGCCACUAUGCAGCGAUGAGAAUGGCCUUUUGAGUUUCGAGGCCAUCCGAAGUAUCCACAAGCAGAUGGACGACGACGCGAAUGGGAACGUGGACGUGGCAGAGACAGACGGAUUCCUUCGAGAAGACCUAAACUACCAUGACCCAAAGGCCAAGCACAACAGCUUUCAUGGUGACGACCAGUUCAUCAGUGUGGAGGACCUGUGGAAUGCAUGGAAAGGCUCUGAAGUGUAUAACUGGACGGUGGAUGAGGUGGUGGAAUGGCUCAUCUCGUAUGUAGAGCUCCCUCAGUAUGUGGAGGCCAUCCGCAAAAUGAACUUUAGUGGAAGUGCCAUGCCAAGGCUUGCUGUGAAGAACACCACCCUGACACUGUCCAUUCUGAAGAUCCUGGACCGGAGCCACGUGCAGAAGCUCCAGCUCAAAGCACUGGACACAGUGCUGUUCGGAGCACCACUAAUGAACCGACACAACCACUUGAAGGACUUCAUGCUGGUUGUGUCCAUAGUUAUUGGAAUGGGGGGCUGCUGGUUUGCCUACAUCCAGAACCGCUACUCCAAAGACCACAUGAAGAAGAUGAUGAAGGACUUAGAGGGUCUGCAGAGGGCCGAGCAGAGCCUACAUGACCUGCAGCAGAAGUUACAGAUAGCGCAGGAGGAGCACCGCACAGUGGAGGUGGAAAAGGUGAACCUGGAGCAGAAGCUGAGAGAUGAGAUCAACACUGCCAAACAGGAAGCUCAGCGCCUGAGGGAGCUCCGAGAGGGCACCGAGAACGAGCUGAGCCGCCAGAAGUACGCAGAGGAGGAGCUAGAACAGGUGCGCAUGGCUUUGAAAAAAGCUGAGAAGGAGCUGGAGUCCCGGAGCGGCUGGUCCCCCCCUGAGCCUCUCCAGAAGUGGCUGCAGCUCACACAUGAGGUGGAAGUGCAGUACUAUAAUAUCAAGAAGCAGAAUGCAGAACGGCAGCUCCUAGUGGCUAAAGAGGGGGCCGAGAAGAUCAAGAAAAAGAGGAACACUCUCUUUGGGACUUUCCACGUGGCUCACAGCUCUUGUCUAGAUGAUGUGGACCACAAAAUAUUGGCAGCAAAGCAGGCUCUGGGUGAGGUGACGGCCGCUUUGAGGGAGAGACUGCACCGGUGGCAGCAAAUCGAGAUCCUCACAGGCUUCACCAUCGUCAACAACCCCGGGCUGCCCUCACUGGCCUCGGCUCUCAACCUGGACCCCAGCUUCAUGGGAGGAAGAGCCACGCCACAGCACUUCAUCAUGACCGACGACAUGGAGGAGCUAGAGGAGGACAUCAUGCCUGGAACUCUGUCAUAUGCGCUGCUGGAACGGAGAGCCAGUGAGCUGUGGUCCGUCGUCCCUGACACUCGCCUCGGCAGGAAAUACUCCGCUCCCAGUAUGAUGUCCCUGCGCCAACGCCACAUUGACCCACAGCUGGCCAUGGGCUCCCAGAGGUUGGUAGAGAGUAGCCUGUCACCAGGGCAGCAGGGGGAGGGCUCGUUUGCCAGGCCGAGGGCUGUGCUGAGGCAGUCGCGCAGUCAGUCAUUCGGCCAGCUGGACUCUCUGCCCCUGCCCCCCCUCUCCUCUGCCGUGUCACAUCCCUCCAUCCCUUACUCCGCCUUCAGCCAUCCUGUGUCUUCUCUGUCCUCCUCUGCCUCCUGUCUGCCAAGCGCUGUCUUCCACUCUUCUUUUCAGCCCAUGGACCCCAUUCCUGAUGUGUCCCUGUCCGAGGCCAAUCUGCUUUCGUCAUGUAGCGGCAGCUUGGGGGACCUAAACCGCUCUGACUCGGACUCCUCCUUGUCCUUAUCCCAAGUGGGUGACCGGCUGGCGGCUUAUAGUUCCAAAGGCCACAUCCUGAAGCCCACCUCGCUGCACUACGGCCUUUCCCGACACGCCGACGACACGGUCUCUCUCCAUGGCCUCACCCCGAACGGAGGCGGCCGCGUCUCAGACAUGGGCCACGGGGAACCGCUCUCUGACAGCCCUCUCCUCAUGAAGAAGGUUUAUGGAGUGGAGAGCUCCAACAGCGCUGGGGACAUCCACACUUACAUGUCUGAGUCUUCCCGUUCCCUCAGCCCCAACUCCACCGAACCCGACACCCCCUCCCCCAUGGGGCAAGUGGGGGUUAUGUUGGGGUCAAAGGGCAGCACCCGUAUCCCUCAGCUCUCCUCCAAGAAGAGCCCGGUGGAGGAAGAUAGCUGCUCCACGGGAGACGAUACAGAUUCUACCGCCAGUCGCAAGAAACACACCUUCAAAAUCUUCAAGAAGCAGAAGAAAUAGGGCUCAAUAAACUUUUGGUUAGGGUUAGGGUCAUGUGGUUUUGGGUCCGGUGCAUAGAGUGUAUAAAAAAAUACAGUCUGUGGUCUUCAGUCUUCUAAUAUACAGUCUAUGGUCUGGUGAUGGCACUUUGGUUCCUUUGUAUAUUUGUAGGAUUGGUACCUACCAGGUGGACUGGCUUUUCCUGGUCAUUGUAGAAUAUGGGCUUUGGUAGUAUGUAUAUUGGAUUGUAAAGUAUUAUUUAUUGAGUGCGAAAUCAGUGCCGCUCAAACUGGUGUGUCCCUGUGGACCUUUACCACUUUGCAUGUCCCCUCUUUGGUUUGUCCCAUCUUUGAAUGCCUGUUUUCUUGGUUCUUGUUAAUCUGCUUAGAUUACACUUGUUACUUUGGCCACAGGCCAAGAUGAAAUGACUUUCCUUUAUUAUGCUGAUUUGGCUAAAUUAUGGUAAUUUAAAGAUGACAAAGUCAUUGUGAAAAAACAAAACACCACCAAAUACAUUUUGGUCAUUCGCUCAAUAUUUGGCCGUCAGUUCAGAUGCACUGUAAAUGUACUAUGCUGUUACAUGGUGGAGCAAUACAGACAUGAUUAGUUUUAAUCCGUUUUGAUACAGAUAUACCUUGUGAAGAUGGUAAAGUUUAUAAGAAAUAAAUCACUUUUAUUUCCUUGUACUCCUAACUGAGCACACAGUAUUAGUAGUUAUUAGUAGCUGUCCAGGGCAAAUCUUUUGUACGUCCAUGUGAACAUUUGUUUUUCUACAAAUGGUUCCCAGCAAAUCAAUUAUGUCAGUGAGAGGUUCUGUUGGAAAGGGCUGUGGAUGAAGUUCUUUGCAUAAAUGUAUGCUUCAGUUCUAUCUUUUCAGGUAGAACCUAACCUCAACUUCCUUUUUGGACAAAGACCAGUCAUGUGCCAAAGGCCUUGUUCACAGAGGCCCCAGUUAUGUGUGUGUGUGUGUAGCCCCUUUGCUGCAAUGUGUCUCUUGUCCCUCCGUUUCACCUGUCCCUCCGCGGCCCCUGUACGUCCCUUUAUUGAUCCGAGCACUAGCUUCAUCCAAGUGCUCUGUUUAUGAAUGUGGUCUCUGGGUGAACACAGAAAAUAUGCAACAGUGGAAGUGUCAAAUGUUUUGUGUACAAGUUUUUCCCUCAUAUUUGCUAGAUCUAAUUAGAUUUCUUAACCUGUAUUGUCACCCCCAAAACCAAAGUUUUACUACAACUUUUAUGGCUCGUGUUUUUUAGUCCCAGUUAAAUACUGGGAUUCAGUAUAAAGCAUAAACACAAAGAACCACUUUUGUGUACUGAAAAGGGCUUGUUUCAAGUGUUCUUUUGUUAAUGUAUUUGUUACUUCAGAUGGAAUUCGACGCAGGUGUCGCAGUACUGCUUUAAAUGCCAGGUUUACACUGCUGAAACCGUGCUGAAACUUGAAACAAACUAAAACACAUUUUAUUCCUCCAAAUUUUCCUUAGUUACCUAAAACCAUUAUCUGUCAAAUCUAAAGUAAAGGCCACGUGCUCUGGUAAGCCAAAUCAGAAUGUUCAAUGUUACACUAAUGGAUUGCAGAAAAACUGUUUUUACAAACUAGUUUGUACAUUAGUUGCACGAGCGCUGUAAAUAUGGAUGCGUCUGUAGAAUGCACUGUUGUGUUGACGCAUGUCAUCUGCUAUAAUGCCACAUACUAUUUAUACUCCACAGACAAGAAAACACUUCUGAUGAGAGUCCUUUAGAAUGAUCUAAGCAGAACGCGUGCGCGCUUCCUGCUGUCUUUUUAACAAAGUCUACUUUAUGAUUAUUACAGACAGUAUAUUUGUACUUUUGCAUCUUCUGUGAUGGCCGAGACUUAUGGCACUCUUGCAUGAAAGCAAUAAACUAUUUUAAACUAUCCA